AUGGCGCGCUCCCAGGAUGACGCACAACCUAGCGACAGCGAGCUUGAACCACAUACAAGUGCAGACCCUCUCGACGGUACGACAAUAAGCAUAAAGAAGACGCAAUGUGGGCCAAAGUUACAGCAGCUUCGGGACUCCGCCUGGCAGCUCGACGAGGCGACCUUUAUCAACUAUUUCGGCGAAGAGAGUCUGGUCUCGUACCCGUUCCUUGAGCUUCUUGUCAAACUUUCGAACAACGCACCUCUUAGUGAAGCCCUGCGACUCCUGGAGGACAAUCGAGAACUGCGCCUCUCCAGCAAAGAACCCCGCGCCGACGUUUCCUCAAAGAAGUCCUGGCAACCGCACGAUGUGAGUCAGGCCCUCGAGAUUUUGGAGUCACGACGACAGGUCUCGUCGCCCCAAUCGUCCAGCGCGACCUCAAACAAGCGGAAGAGAGAUCAAGCCGAAGAAGACUACACAGCUUAUCCGGAAGCGCCGCUCGAAGCGCGACCCGCGCGGACGCUGUCACCCGAACGCGAAAUCACGAAAGCCGGGUCCACUCAAGACGGUGACCUUGACAUAUCGGACAUGGGCUUUAAUAGCACAAUGCUAGAAAGUACCACGAUGAGUUUAGAUGACGCUACCCGCGAAACCAUCACAAUUAUUGCCUCACCAGCCCCGGAGAUGCCUACACCCCCACCGACUCAUCGGCGCUCAUCAUUGUCUUCAAUAGGCGACAGCCUCUCACAUUCAGCCUUAGCAACACUGAACACUGAUAUCAGAUCCUCUAUGCCUACGACGGAUAAAGCAGGCGCUCUCUCCUCCCUUACUGAGAAGGCAUGGCUCUCGGCAACUUGUGUCGACCUGUUGCUUAACAUCUUUAAAACAGAGGGCUUCAAGAUACUUGAUCAUGCAUUCGUUUGCAUAGAAAACCCUCAGCAUUUUGACAACAAGCAACUGCGCGUCAAGGAUGACGAAAGUGUGGUGAUCCAGUCUCUAUUAGUCUCCGACCACUGGACUGUCGCGUUCAUCGACCUCAAGACGGGCAUCGUGCACCACCUUGAUAGUCUGCGAAUGGAGGCCAGUUCUAUGAUCCCGGCGGUGAGGCAAGCAGCUUUAGAGCGGCUCACAAAGUUGCUGUCCCGCGACAAGCACUUGCGGCAUCUAAAGUGGACUUUUGUUGCGAAGGAAUGUCCAAAACAGGACAAUACCUAUGACUGUGGUGUGUAUAUGCUUGUAAGUAUCUUGCACCAUAUGGCGGGCCUCCCGCAACCACAAUCCAUCAACGCCGGCGUCUGGCGGAGAGCUUUCAGGGCUACCCUUGGGGACAACGCUGUCAAUGAGAAUACCGCGGCUAGCUCCCACCACCAUCUUAACGCCAAAAUCUUCGACGCUAUUCCUGUCGGCAAGACAGACGCCCGCUAUGUCUUAGGCGCAGACUACUGCUCGCGGACACACGCGGCCAUUGAUGAACAGUUCACUCAGCUCCAGCAAGCUUUUCAGCACGCGCGCGAAACCUUCCAGCACACCAGAGCGACGCACAGCCUUAUCUCGCGCUUCGUCGAGAAUGCCGAGCAGGCACUACGAAAGCUUGGCCGAUCAAAGUCGAUGAACAAUCAAACGCUAGAGUUCCACCGGGAUAUGCGGUUACGAGUCGAAGAGUGGAAGAAGAAGCUUGAGAGUUACGCCGACAGCGACAGCGACAGCCACCCGCUUACUAACAAGCUCGAAGACGAAACUCGACCGUAUUUUAAGCAGAGCGAGGCGAUUGGCAGGAUCACAUCUACACUCACGACGCUGGAGCAAGAUGAGCAGAAGACGCGUUAUAGGAGAGACUCGCUUCUAGCCGCGAGGACACCGAUGGAGGCUGAGCGGGAUGUCCGUGCGAGCGAGACUACUAGGCUGGAGGAGGAGGUUAAGAGCGCAUCAGCGGAGCUGAAGGCUUUUUAUAAGGCGCAGAUACUGGCUUGUCAGACAAGGCUGCAGUCUUUACAGAAGGUGCCUUUGUAA